UCCAAAUGUCCAACUUACUCUUCAAUUGAGGUUAUGUUUUUUUUCGCUUGUGUUUUUCGCAAAAUAAAUUGCUUUUUAUCAUUUGUGUCUUUCUUGAUAAAAUAAUAUAACAAUUUGAAUUAAGAAUACUAAAUAUAUUAAGAUGCCCUUGUAAUUUUUACUUUGCUCUAAUGUCAGGAAUAAUGCUGUAGUAUCCGAGUAAAAAACAAUGGAAGAGCCUUUUACUAAAAUUGUUUCUCAAAUAUUUAACAACUGGACAGCCCUUAGACUUGCUGUCGAACAUUCAGAUAAAUCAAACAGCAAGCAGGCAGCCACGGAAUUUUUAAAUUAUAUGGUUCAAUUUUGUUUGUAUGAAAACAAUGUAGACCUGGAAAGUAUUCAAGAUGCUUUGGAAGAUAUUUUAGACGAGGAAUUCGAAACUAUAUGCGAAGAUGAGUCUCCUAAACAAGUUGCAAAUGUAUUGUUUAAGUUUUUAAUAUUAUUAAAAGAAGGAAAAACUGCAGAGUGUGAAAUAGAGUUUCAGAAAUUACCUACUGCAAAUACGCAAUGGUUAAACCAACAAAGUAGAGUGCAAGAAAUUAGGAACGGGGACAGUUCUUCAGAUAGUGACGAUGAUAUCUCACCUGAAACUCCUAUGGAAGAUGAUGGCUGGAUCGAAGUAAAAGGCAGAAAAAAAAGAUAACUCAAUGAAUAAUUUUAUUUUAUAAUGUAAACAUAAAUGAUCAAUUCAAAUAUAUGGUUUUAUGUACCUCA